AUGUCAAGCGAGCAGCUGUUUGGACAACCGUUUGUGUUCUGCCACGUGUGCCACCAGCGGUCAUCGCCGCAGGAUCCGCUCAGUUUGACGUCGUGUGCGCACACGCUCUGCUCGAAGCACCUGACGUCGAACCGUCGGUGCCCUGUGUGUUGCACGAAUGAUGUGUCAGUGAUCAAGUUAGUGGACAAGAGGACGCUGCCCCGGGACGUCGGGUUGUUCUUUGAGCCCGUUUCUGAUAUUCUAGAGACGGUGUGCAGUGUUUCACAAUUCCAAACGAACGGGCUGCUGAGCCAAGUGCAGUACUACCAAUCGCACUGUGUAAAACUGAGGGAGAAAGUGGCCCGCCAGCAGCAAUUGCUGCACCAGGCGAAGCAGGAACUCGAUGCGAUCCCCAAGUUGAAGCAGAGGGUGAGGGAACUGGAAUCACAGCGGCAAGAGGCCCCCACAAACAACUUCUUCUACAAGAAGGGCGCCCGAGCUACAGAUAGUGCAUCACGAGGGGCCGGUUUCCAACCACCACCGACAGUGGAUCUCACUUUGGACUACAUGGACGAUGAGGAACAGUUUGUCACCAAACUGCGGAAGAACUCGACCCUGCGGAACAAGAACCCGGGGAGCAGUUCUCAAACACCCCCGCACAGGGAUUUACGGAGACGAAUGAACAACACGGUUUCGCAUAGCUCGACAGAUUCGUCAAUCAUGGCCGAAUCGACACAUCUGAACAAAUUCCCCUUCCAAGGUACACCGACGAAGGCCCCUACUACUACUACUGUUACUACGACGACUGCUGCUACGGCGGGCACAGGGUUGGUGCUCACCCCGAACAGCGUCUCCAGUGGUGUUCGCAGGCGCGGGACGCCCCAGACGGACAACACAGACAGCAGACCCACAAAGAUGCAGUUCCCGACACCGCUGGAAAAAUUACGUAUAGCAAGGAGGAACAGUACGACAGACGGGUUUCCUGCGAAGAGGGCCCACACGCAGACCAUGUUGACAGGCCAUAGUCACAACCCGCUGGAGAAAGUCACAUCCUCCGCAACGCCGCACCGCCAGAUCCUCAUGUCAUCGGGCAGAAGCAAGACUGCGAACAAAUUCAAAAGGAUACGGUGA